GCAGGAGCCGGAGGAGGAGGACGAGAGGCGAGGCGGUGGGGAGGACCUACGGGAAGAGCCGCGGGCGGGCGGGGCGCGAGUGGCAGGAGGAGUAGUCGGCGACAGGCUCCUGGAUGCCCGGACAGGUCCUGCGCGGCUGAGCAAGCCAAGGCAGCGCUUCCCUCCGGCUGGACGAGCCUUGAUUAAUUUGACAUCUGAAAACUGGAUGAUUUGACUCCAAGCACCAUGUCAGCUGGGAGGGUCCGAACAAAGAAAAAGACACCAGCUGUGGACCAGUCUCCUGAUAAUCUUCCUUUGAGGAGUUCGGGGAGACAGGUGAGGAAAAAGGCUGCAGAGGAUGAUGAAGAUGCUUCAGAGAAGAAGUAUCGGAAGUGUGAAAAAGCAGGAUGUACUGCAACAUGUCCAGUGUGCUUUGCUAGUGCUGCUGAAAGGUGUGCUAAAAAUGGCUAUACAUCAAGAUGGUAUCAUCUCUCCUGUGGAGAACAUUUCUGUAAUGAGUGCUUUGAUCAUUAUUACAGAAGUCAUAAAGAUGGCUAUGAAAAAUACACUGCCUGGAAAAGGAUCUGGACCAGUAACGGAAAAAGUGAACCCAGUCCUAAAGCUUUUAUGGCUGAUCAACAGCUCCCUUACUGGGUCCAGUGCACAAAGCCAGAGUGUGGAAAAUGGCGUCAGCUGACAAAGGAAAUCCAGCUUACCACACAAAUAGCCAAAUCGUAUCGUUGUGGCAUGAAACUCAAUAAUUCCACCAAGAUCGAAGUCUCAGACCAGUGCUCCAUGCCUGAGGAUCUGAGAGUUGCUGAAGUGUCAGAUCACUGGUGGUAUUCCAUGCUCAUCCUUCCUCCAUUGCUGAAGGACAGUGUGGCUGCUCCUUUGCUGUCUGCAUACUACCCAGACUGUGUGGGUAUGAGUCCAUCUUGUACCAGCACUCACCGGUUGCUUGGUGAAUCCAAUGCAGUAAAAAUGGAGCAUUUAAAGACUCCGCCUACUAUAGCUGGGAUGAACAAAUACUUCCAGCCUUUCUAUCAGCCCAAUGAAUGUGGUAAAGCACUGUGUGUAAGACCAGAUGUAAUGGAAUUAGAUGAACUCUAUGAGUUUCCAGAAUAUUCACGAGAUCCCACCAUGUACCUAGCUCUGAGAAACCUCAUUUUAGCUCUGUGGUACACAAACUGCAAAGAACCGCUAACCCCUCAGAAAUGUACUCCUUACAUCAUUGUUCGAGGACUUGUGCGCAUCCGUUGUGUGCGGGAGACUGAACGAAUACUUCAUUUUAUGACCAGGAAAGGUCUCAUUAAUACAGGGGUUUUAUUGGUUAAUCCGGACCAGCCUCUUCUUCCCAAAGAAUACCACAAUAAAUCUGUAAUCGUGGUUGGAGCUGGUCCAGCAGGCUUAGCAGCUGCAAGGCAACUACACAACUUUGGCAUCAAGGUUGUCGUACUGGAAGCAAAGGACCGAAUUGGUGGGCGAGUGUGGGACGAUAAAACUUUCAGGGGGAUCACUGUGGGAAAAGGGGCACAGAUUGUGAACGGCUGUGUCAACAAUCCAGUAGCACUAAUGUGUGAGCAACUGGGCAUUAAGAUGCAUAAAAUUGGAGAGAGAUGCGACUUGAUCCAGGAAAGUGGAAGGAUAACUGAUCCUACAAUAGAUAAGCGGAUGGAUUUCCAUUUCAAUUCAAUCCUUGAUGUUGUAGCUGAUUGGAGGAAAGAUAAAAAUCAGCAUCAUGAUAUUCCUCUUGGAGAUAAAAUCCAGGAGAUCUAUAAAGUUUUUAUUCAGGAAUCUGGUAUCCAGUUCAGUGAACUGGAGGAAAAAGUCCUUCAGUUCCAUGUCAGUAACCUUGAAUAUGCCUGUGGCAGCAACCUCCAUGAGGUUUCUGCCCGCUCUUGGGAUCACAAUGAAUUUUUUGCUCAGUUUGCUGGUGAUCACACACUGCUUAGCUCAGGGUACUCUGCCAUACUUGAGAAAAUAGCAGAAGGUCUAGAUAUUCGGUUAAAGGUUCCGAUUCGCAGUAUUGAUUAUUCAGGGGAAGAAGUCCAAUUGACUGCGACAGAUGGAAGUCUGUGGACAGCACAAAAGGUUUUAGUAACUGUACCUUUGGCUAUACUACAAAAAGGUGCCAUUCAGUUUACCCCAGCCUUGCCAGAGAGAAAAAUGAAAGCUAUUAAUAGUUUAGGAGCCGGAAUCAUUGAAAAGAUUGCUCUGCAGUUUCCUUACAGAUUCUGGGAUAGCAAGAUUGAAGGUGCUGAUUACUUUGGCCAUGUUCCACCUAGUUCCAGCAAACGUGGUCUCUUCAGUGUGUUUUAUGACAUGGAUCCACAGCGUAAAUGCAGUGUUCUAAUGUCUGUAGUAACUGGUGAUGCUGUUGCAACUAUUAAGAACUUAGAUGACAAACAAGUGCUACAGCAGUGCAUGACUGUACUCCGUGAGCUAUUUAAGGAACAGGAAGUGCCAGACCCAGUCAAAUACUUCGUUACACGAUGGAACAAAGACCCUUGGAUCCAAAUGGCAUAUUCUUUUGUAAAGACAGGUGGCAGUGGCGAAGCCUAUGACAUCCUUGCUGAAGACAUACAAGGAACAAUCUUCUUUGCUGGAGAGGCUACAAACAGACACUUCCCACAGACAGUUACAGGAGCAUACUUGAGCGGUGUUCGAGAAGCAAGCAAAAUAGCAGCGUUUUGAACAUUAAACUACUGUUUACAGAUUUUUUUACUUCUUCCAGUUCAUACUCAACUUUCAGGGUUAGUAUAAUUGCUCCAGGUGGUACUUACAUCCUUGGUACCUAAAGAGACAAUCUUCAUACUCUGUUUUUUAGUUCAUUUUUUUUACCUGAGGACGCAAUGAUGCCCAGCAUGCUAAGUUAGUAAUUAUUUAUAAGCAAUGCCAGCAGACAGAUGGACACAUUAAGCUUGCCUGUUGUGGAUCAUUUGAUGCAGCUAAUUCUGUAUUAUGUAAGGCUAGAAUGUAAAGUACUUAAAAAGUGUGGUAGAUGGACUGUUAUAGCUUACAUACAGUCAAAUGGUGUGUCAACAAGGAUGGCAGGUAUCUCCAUCAAUGUUUUGAAAAAGGCAUGUAUUUUAAAUUAAGCUGUUGAAGAGGCUCAGAAAAACAAUCAUAGAAUUUGCUGCUGGUAUCCUUUUUAAUGAAAAUAAUAUAUAUAAAAGAGCUGCUUGGACACCAUUAUCUAUUCAUAGGAAGUUUCAUAAAAUAUUUUCUAUGUAUACUAGGUUGAUGCUUAAUAUUUGAUCAUGUACAUGGACCAGCAAAAAUGUUUUGUAUCCAUUUCCUUUGUGUGCCAUGAAAUUUCUGAAUCACAACAACUAUGUAAAUGGAGACACCUAUACAUAUGUAACUGUAAAAGCAUGGUAAAGGUAUGGCAGUUGAAUGAGCAGUUCACCUAUUUUCAUUUGCUUGUUUAAAAUAAGGUUCAGUUGUUGGCUUUUUUGAAGGGUGAAAACAAUGUGGCAUCAUCCAGACACAGUACUUAUUUUAAUGGGAGAUUCUUAAGUAAAUUCUUAUGUUUCUUCCACUGAAAUCAUUGGAACUUGAAAAUAUGAAAGUAUUUAAAAGAGGCUGGAUAGUACCUACAGUUGUGAAUUUUUUUCCUGUGGACAAAAACCUGCUGAAGAAAUUUGUUUGUAUUCUGGGUAAGCAGUAUCUAAAUAAUUAAAAAUGUAUUGGUUGAAGAAAUUCAGGUAUGCACACAGAUCUGUUAUUAGUUAUAUUUUGCUUCCUGGUUUGAAAAACUAAUGGAAAGUAAUGAUAAUAUGGCAGCAUUGAAAGCCUUUGCUACUACUUUCCAAAGAUUUAACACAUUUGAAAAAUCUUAAACUUUUACAUAUUGCUAGCAGAAUGCCAGUAUGUUUGUUUGUUCUUGAAAUAUAAGCAGCACUGGACAGUACGUUGGUUUACCCAAUCACAGUAGACGAUGGACUGAAAGGUGAUCAUCAGUUAAGAAAUAUCAGGUUCUUUCUUCAUAGCUGAACUACUGUUAUUUUACUAAAUGGUAUAAUAGGUGAAAUAUACUUGUGAAAGCUUAUAGUAAGAAACAUAAAACAAGAUGCUGAUUUCCCUUUAAAUGUUUAAUUGGUCAAAUGUUGAACAGUGUGAACACUUGGCUAAACAAACCCUUUGUCUAAAACUAAUCCUGCUCUUGGCAGAAGUGCAUAUUAAAAAAAAACCUAAUUAAAAUGGGGACUUGCACUAGGGAAGGGAGGGGCACAUUUGAGCCAAGUUUCAAAGCACUUAACACACCUGGAAUUAGGCAUGAGUGCAACCAUUUCUAGUAAUUAUUAAGACAAAAUAGUAAAUGUGAAAUAUCUAUAAAUUGCAUUGUAGAAGUGCUUAAACAGUUAGAAGCACCUGUUGUCCAUGCAAAGGCAGGCUGCAGAUAUGGAAACUAAUUUUUUUACAUUUGUUUAAAAUGUCUAAACUAGCAUUCAGGAAGAGUCAGUGGGUUCAGUUUGAACAACUGAUCUCAAAAAAUUAAAAUCUUGUGAAGCUCACUUUUUGAGUAUGAUCAUUUUACUAUUUUGUAUAUAUGACUGUUGCCCUGUAAAUCUAGGAAAACGUUUUAAAAGUAUCUUUUCUGCUGUGGAGCCUGUGUAAAGUGAGUUAAUAGUAAUGUAAUAAAAACUGGAAAGAAUAA